AUGGCUUCCGGUGGUUCUGUAAUAGGUGUAAAAUACAAUGGUGGAGUCCUUUUGGCGUGCGACACGCUUCUUUCGUAUGGUUCUCUUGCAAAGUGGCCGAAUAUCCCCCGCAUGAAGCUGGUAGGCGCGUACACUGUUAUGUGUGCUACUGGCGACUAUGCAGACUUUCAGGAAAUGACAACAAUGAUCGAAAACCAUGUAAACAGACAACAAAUGUAUGGUGGCGGCGCACUUACCCCAAAUGAGGUCUUUUGCUACCUUCAGCGUCACGUCUACCACAAACGCUCGCAGUUUGAGCCAUGCCUUUGCCGUUUUGUUGUGGCUGGGUGUCACGGAGGCGAACCAUUUCUUGGCGGUGUGGAUGACGUGGGCACUCGAUGGACUGACGAUUGUGUCGCCGCCGGAUACGGCGCGUACAUUGCGCUUCCGCUUCUUCGGCAGGCACUGGAAAAACCGGGCGGUCUGACACGCGAAGAGGCCAUUCGGGUCAUUAAGGACUGUCUGCGUGUAUUGUUCUACCGGGAAUGCCGUGCUAUUAACAAAUUUCAGAUUGCUGAUGCCACGAGCGAUAUGGUGUCGAUUGGCGAGCCAUUUGAGGUGGAAACCAACUGGGAAUACGAUGGUUUCUGCUUUGAAAAGACCGCAAUUAUUCGUUAG